AUGAUCCUCUAUAUACUGCUCUCAAUGUUGAUGAUUUCGGCGGCUAUCCCCUCGAAUGAUGACAAGAAAGAUAUUACGAAGGAGGAUGCUGUGAAGUAUCUGGUGGCUGCAGAAGUGCUCAAGGCAGCCGCUGAGCAGGUGAUCAACUCUUCAAAUACAAAAGACGGUGUGAAGAAUGUGACGAAUGGUGGCCAACAUUAGUGUGAUGAUAAUCAGCUGUCGACACUGUGUUCACAAUUCUUACAUCAAUCCAUCCAUCCAUCCAUGUAUGCAUCGAUUUGUUGUAUUAUUGAUUAUUGUGAAGAAUAAACUCUCCUCCUCCUUCUCUGA